GCCACGUAACGAGGCUGACCCGGAGCCUUGCCCCGAAGGACUUCAACACAUGCGGCUUUCGACCUUGUCCUGGUGUGUAUAUGUCAUUCAGUCACGGGACAGAUAGGCCGGCAGAAGACCAUCAAACAUCCUUAAGCAAGUCCACACUUGUGUAGCUCACACUGAAUGCUCAUCCUGGAUCUGGAUGAUCACGACGUGGCAACCAUAUCUAUCAGCUCAGAAGCGUAGCAAGAAGCACGAUACUGCUGGAACGGCGAGAUACAGUGAUUUUUGUCGACUAUUGGCCCUCGAUAUCAUCGAAGACAAAGCAUCAUGUCAUCAGGGAUCCCAUCGCCGCAUCCUCAACUCGAGGUGGAUGAGGACCCGACCAUCGAUCCCGAUCUGUAUCGGUACAUUGUUUCUCUCAACGAAUCCCCAAAUUGCUACUCCCGGUUCUUCAGCGCGCUGUUGAUUCCGCAAUCAUCUCACGCCGAGUUCUUCUUCGACCUCAAGACGUUCCGCGAACAGCCGGUUAUCAUCAAUGUACUAGAACCAGGAACGAGCGAAGCCUACCGAGAUUGUACACGCACAUUCAUCGCGUCCCGCUUCGCUCAUCCUUGGUGCCGCGUCAACAGCGACUUCAAAUCCGGUUGGACCCGGGCAAGCUGGGCGGGGGCGACGAAGAAGGUGAGCAAGGAGGACAAGAGGGAGGAGGAGCGGCUGCAUCGUCUUCUUGUGCCCAUCUGGAUCGCAUUUCGGAGAAGAAUGUUCCCUGCCAAAGAAGUUCUGGACGAGUGGCUUGCAAAGGCCAAUGAGCAGCAGAAGCAGAAAAUGGCUGAGAGGGAAGCGCGUGAGGUAGACAGAACGGCAUCUCGAAACCCUGACGUCGAAUCAGGAAUUCCUAGCACGGCCAACUACCCUGAGCUUGGGUUCAAGAUGGGUGGCCGCGACACAUCACCACCGGAGACAUCACCUCCUGCAUCUCCUUCCGCACCCUCGGCAUCAGAGGCAACAACCGUAGCGCGAACGAUUGUUGGGCUUGCGUUCGGCGGAUACAUCACGCGCGACAAGCGUGUGGUAAAGUAUCUGAAGAAGAAAUAUCUCAAAUGAGUCUUGGUCAUUGUGCAGGACGCUAUUUAAUCACGAUUUGAUGCCGUUCUUCGGGCGAGCAGCUUGCAGAGCCUUGGUGGUCCGUGUGCAUCGCAGCUCAUACCGCCGCAUGUUUCCUGGUCGACCUGUCCAAAAGCGACCAGGCUUAUCACAAACUGCAUUGCUAGUGCUUGACAGAUAGCCGGGAGUUGAGAGGUAUUCCAGAUCUCAGUCUAGAUAGUCCUAAUAUCUGGGCUCAUCAGUCAAAAGAAGAUUCGAUAUCCAGUCCACGAUUCAGGUGGUCUGAGUUCACAUCAGCUUUCCGUCGUUAAAUAUGGUUUAUAUGUUUC